GCCAUUUCAAAGAGAAACAGAAUUUCAGACGAGAGAGAGGGAGAGAGAGAGAGAUGGAAAAUCUCGCAUCUGAAUCCGUUCUUCCUGUCCGAUUUUUCUUCACCGCUUAUCAGAUCUCGAACGUUGUCUAAGAAGCGUCCGAUCUCCCUAACAAUCAACAGCGGCCGUACGAUCCUACGAGAGUCGAGAUGAACGUGGUGAAGUCGCAGGUCUGGCAGCCCUGCAACAAGAAGAGAUCUUGAGCGCGGUUUAUUUGUCUAGGAAGCGUCCGAUCUCCCUAACAAUCAACAGCGGCCGUACGUUCCUACGAGAGUCAAGAUGAACGUGGUGAAGUCGCAGGUCUGGCAGCCCUGUAACAAGAAGAGAUCUUGAGCGCGGUUUAUUUGUCUAGGAAGCGUCCAAUCUCCCUAACAAUCAACAGCGGCCGUACGAUCCUACGAGAGGCAGGAUGAACGUGGUGAAGUCGCAGGUCUGGCAGCCCUGUAAGAAGAAGAGAUCUUGAGGGCGGUUUACAAGAAGAUAUCUUGAGGGCGGUUUAUUAAAGCUAGGGUUAGGGUUUCAUUGGCAGAAGAAGGAGAGGAUGAGCGGUGGUGGGAGAUUGAAGGUUGGGCGGUAUGAAUUGGGGAGGACACUCGGAGAGGGUACAUUCGCGAAGGUGAAAUUCGCUCGGAAUGUUGAGUUAGGGGAGAAUGUCGCAAUCAAGAUCAUCGACAAGGACAAGAUCCUCAGGCACGAGAUGAUUGGUCAGAUUAAACGUGAAAUUUCAACCAUGAAGUUGAUCAAACACCCGAAUGUUAUACAAAUGUACGAGGUGAUGGCGAGCAAGACAAAGAUAUACAUCGUUUUGGAAUUUGUGACGGGAGGUGAACUGUUUGACAGAAUUGCUAGGCAUGGAAAGAUGAAGGAAGAUGAGGCAAGAAAGUACUUUCAGCAGCUUAUCGAUGCUGUGGAUUACUGCCACAGCAGAGGUGUUUUCCAUAGGGACCUGAAGCCAGAGAAUCUACUGCUUGAUUCCAGUGGCGUUCUUAAAGUCUCUGAUUUUGGAUUAAGUGCACUGCCUCAGCAAGUUCGGGAAGAUGGGUUGCUACAUACGACAUGUGGAACUCCAAACUAUGUUGCUCCAGAGGUGAUUAACAACAAAGGUUAUGAUGGUGCUAAGGCAGAUCUCUGGUCAUGUGGUGUAAUCCUUUUUGUUCUUAUGGCAGGUUACCUGCCCUUUGAAGAAUCCAACCUUAUGACCUUAUAUAAAAAGAUCACCAAGGCAGAUUUCACUUUGCCAUCAUGGUUCUCUUCCAGUGCAAAGAAACUGAUCAAAAGAAUUCUGGACCCCAAUCCCUCAACUCGCAUUACAAUUCCUGAGGUCAUUGAAAAUGAAUGGUUUAGGAAGGGAUAUAAGCCAGCCAGUUUCGAAAGUUCAGAUGACACUAAUCUUGAUGACGUGCAUGCCAUUUUUGACGAAUCUGGGGAACCUGAAAAUCUCGUCGUUGAGACAAGAGAAGAAAGGCCAAUGAUCAUGAAUGCCUUUCAACUUAUUUCCACAUCUCAGGGUCUCAAUCUCAGCACUCUAUUUGAAAAAGAGAUGGGUAUUGUUAAAAGGGAAACAAGAUUUACAUCCAAAUGUCCUGCUAAUGAGAUCAUUGCAAAGAUUGAGGAAGCUGCCAUGCCUCUGGGGUUUAAUGUGAAGAAAGAUAAAUACAAGAUGAAGCUGCACGGGUCGAAAAGUGGAAGGAAGGGUCAUUUAUCCAUAGCAACCGAGGUCUUCGAGGUAGCCCCUUCCCUCUGCAUGGUAGAGCUUCGCAAAUCCGGAGGCGAUACACUGGAAUUUCACAAGUUCUACAAGAACAUAUCAACUGGCUUGAAAGACAUUGUCUGGAAAUCGGGAGGGGAGGCAGAGGGAACCUCUGGCAGCUAGCAUUUCAGUUGCUGCUGCAUAUAUUCAUAUUUCAAAUGUGCAUGUUAUCUUAUAUACAUACAAGGUGUUGUGCAAUCUUCAUGUUUCACUUCAUUGAGUUCUAGCUGGAGUCCGUUGUGUUUGGACUUGGGUUUUUGGAGUCUGUUGUGUUUGGACUUGGGUCUUGUGACUGUUCUGCAUGCAAAACGUUUAGAUUGAACGUAAUAUUUGUUUUCUUGUUUGUUUUUGAAUUUCA